CAGCUGGGUUUGCACUCGCCCACUGAGGGGAUCUGACUGCCACGCAUUCCCAUUGGUAAGGCUCGAUCGAGGUGCUUUGAGGUAAACCACGAGAAUAUGGCUUCCGAAGGAGCUUCAGAUUUUCACAUGCUGUCCUUGCCUGCUCAUCAAGGGCAUGGAGGCAUGGAGCAGAAUGGUCAAGCUGACGGCGACGGACACGCGGGCACGCCGGCUUCCGUUGUUGCAGCAGCGUGUACCACCAAACCGGCACAGCGGCAACAGCAGGAGCCUGGCCAUGUGGAAGAUGCCGAGCCGCGAAUGAUCUCCAUGCUAGCAGCCAACGACACGGGGCGUCCCAAAUUCCGAUCAUCACGGGCUGAGCUAUCCGGAUGUGGAGCAGCUGUCCCGGUCACUGCGUGUAGCUACAAGCUCGAGAAGCUGCGGCGAGCCAUGCUGCAGGUAGACGAGCAACUUGUCAAGCUCGGUGCUACGCGCUUGGAAGAGUACAUUGAAAAGUAUGGGUCAAGCAGUGGUGCUGGCGAGGACAUCGGCGAAGGUAGUGGCAGAAACGGCGCUUCAACGGCGACUGUCGAUCAAUCUCCGAACGGAGCUGCAGGAGGCUCGACGAAGAAACGAAAGGCCGCGUUAGUAGACUCGUCGAGGGGCAUCAGCACCCUCACCCCAGCCAACGCGCAAUCUUUGGGAGACUUGGAGGAGGGCGAACUUAGAGCGCAGCCAACAGCAGCAGCGGCGGCAACAUCAGCAUCGUCAACGGCUGGGUUAGUAGCGGCGGGCCAGCUGGCGGCGUCAGUGCCAUCAACCAGCAAGAAACGCAAGACCAAGCAUUUCCAUCUCAUCGCGACGAAGAGCUACGUGUCGCAGUUGUACGAAUACCUCCAAGGCUCUGCAGAAUCGCUGGUCGCUGUCGAAUGGGGAUCGAGCAGCUAUUACAUCGGCGACGUGUGAGUGCCUUGACAGGGAGCAGCAGAAGGGCCCUGAAAGUAGUUCACAUCCCAUUUUGUCUGUUGCAGGAUGGCGCCGGAGCACUUGCGGCAUGUGGUUAAAUGCACGGUCGACGGAACGCCGCACCAGCUCGAAGAAGGGUUCAAGACGUUGAAGGUGGCGCGAGAGGCCAUGGCUAAGAAAAUCCUGGUCGAUACCUUUGGGCUAAAGCUUUUGACGGAUGAUUGACUGGCAUGCGC